AUGCCAUUACCGAAGCCAUUAUCGCCAUCCAAACUAGCGAAGGAGCUAGCCAGUCCUUCUAGGCAUCAAGUCGUUAGAGCAUCCCUCGUUUCCAGGCCUGGACACGCUGUCUACAUACCUCAGAUCCGCAAGCUGGUCUUCGAAUAUUGUGAUGUCUGGAUUUCCAACAUUCACGCCCGCACCUAUCUCCUCAACCACGUAGCAAAACUAGCCGCCGCCCAUCCACAUGUAGAGGUUGUUGUACAGCAAAGAUCAAAUCACCACCCAAUUGCACGAGGACUCUAUCUGAAUGGACGAGACAAAGUUAUUGCACUGAAUGGCUUGCAACCGACAGCGAUUGCUGAGAAGGUCAACCUGCUGCUCGAUUCGUCUGGCGCCAAGAUCAAGCCACUCAAGAAGCCGGUGGAGAGUACUACUGAGAGUGUCAGAGGCAUUUGGAGUGGUAUGCAUGUCGAAAAUCCUGUUGUCAUAUAG